AUGGUUGCCUGGGCAGUGACCACUUUUCAUUAUGAGGAGCGAGGAGGUUCAUUAGGGCGGCAUGAACCUCCUCCAGCCUGUGACCCAGCAGAGGACCUCCGCUGCAUCACCACAUCCUUCCAGUAUCUACGGACCUCAGGCUGGUACUGGGGCUCCAUCUCAGCGGGUGAAGCUCGGGAAGCUCUCCUAAAAAAGUCUGAAGGCACAUUUCUGGUGCGGGACAGCAGUCAUCCUCAGUACAUGCUGGCCCUGUCAGUGAAGACCCGAUGUGGACCUACCAGUGUACGCAUAGAGUACAGCAGGGGCUCUUUCUGGCUGGACUCCAUUUCCCCAGGCCUGCCUCACCUGCAGUCCUUCCCAGAUGUUCUCAGCCUCAUACAGCACUACACGGCCUCAGGCCACAAGCCACAAGCCCAGGCGUCUAAUGACAGCCAUCCCCAAACAAAGCCUGACCCUGCCAAACACAUGGCUAAGGACAGCGGAGUGCCUCUCAAGCUGACGCAGCCCUUGCACAAGCCAGAGGCUUUCCCUUCUUUGCAGCACCUGACUCGCAUCACCAUCAACAGACACACAAACUGGCCUGACCAACUGCCACUCCCAAAGCCUCUGCUGCACUACCUGCAGGACUAUCGUUUCCACAUAUGAGGGUCUAUGUCCCUCUGGUGCAGGACACCAUGGAGUGUGACCCUGACAUGGGUCAGGGUCAGACCAUGACCACACACUGUGAAUCUGGAACCCCAGGCAACAGUGAUGGCCCAGAAGGGGGAUAUUGAAAUGAAUGAGCUCAGUCUUACUACAAUGCUACAUUUGUUCUCCAGAAUAUUUUUUUAUUAUUAUUAUUUUCAUAUGUCUGUUUCUGCUACUAUAAAUUGAUUUAUUUCUAAAAUGCCAAUAUGUGAGUUUUUUUUAAAUCUGUAUUUGUCUUAUUUCCCACCAGUAAGAAUAGUGUCACAUAGCUUUUUGCAUGCUUCAAACCAGUGGUCCCAAUUGUUUUUACAUCUUAGACAACCCAAAAUGAUCAAUAAUAGACCAAUGAAAAAACAGCUACUGGUUGCUUGUUGUUCCAGUAGAGAUAUCAUUAGAAAUAAUUUGGAUUUUUCUCUUAGGAUCUCUGUUUUUCUUUGCUUCGUAGCUCGUUUUGUAGGGCCUGAGGUUUGCAGAGUGUUCAACAAAGCAAUGUUUAUUCACUCUUCAUGAAAUCAAUGAACCUACUGAACUAUGGUUAAGCCAAAAGUGACCUCAUGUAACACUUUUGGUCACUAUUAUGUUCAUCACAAAAUCUCUUAAACAUGUAUUUUCAUUCUUUUUAUUUAGUGUUAUGGCUGUCCUGAUAUAGCAUGUGUUUUGAUCAUAGAUAGAUAGAUAUACUUUAUUGAUUGCCAAGGGGAAAUUCAAGAAUUCAUUUGUUUGAAGCCAAGAGAAGGCUACACAGAGAAUGUCACUGUGACUUCUUUCGUGUCUGGGUUUUAUGGACAUCAAAUCUAAUCACAGUACAAUUAAAGAUUUAAGUAGUUGAGGGUACAUUGAUACAACAUGCUAUUUCCAAUAUUAUGAAGUCAGGCAGACAUUAAAUGACUUGCAGACUGAUGGGGCAGAGGUGGGUGACUAAUUAUUUUAAAAGAUUUUACAAAAGACAGGGUUAAGUGUUUAUUUUAUAUGUAUUUUUAAUGUGCAGAAUCAUUUUCCUACAAUCAGAUAUCUUCUUACAAAAUCAUUACCAUAAUGA